AUGUCUCAAGAAACUCACAGUCGACCAGGAGGUGGUUAUGGACGACAAGCCCCGAUCCGAUCAUCUAGUGACGAGUCUGGAGCAGCAGCGGCACCAGCAGCAAGGGGACCAACGCUGCCUGCUCAGCGACGAGCAGCAUCUGCUUGGACUAGUGGACGCGGCCCUACAGACCGAGAACACCUACCACCACCACGACGGCCUCCAACUGAUCGAGCAAAUGAACCAGACAAAGAAAACCAACAUCGCAGUGGAAUCGUUCCAGCAAGGAGACUCGACAGGCCUGCUGGACUGGCUUAUAUGGAAGGGAAUCCGCCAAGGCCUGUAAAUCCGGAUAACCAGGGCGCGGCCAUUGGUCGUACUCCAACGCGUCCCACAGCUCAAGCAGCCGAUGACAUAUCUGUAGCAUUAUCUGGCCUUGGUGUUCGAGCAGGCUCGCGUCGGACAGGGAGAGGGCAGAGGACAGAAACAGAUGAAAACGCAGCACAAGGAAUCCCGACGCCGAUAGAGGCACUUCUGGAACGCCUGAGUUCUAUGGCUGAUGUGGUAGCGGAUGCAAACAAGCAUGCAGAAAACGCUGCUGACGUGUCGAAUAAUGCGAUGGCGCGCAACAAGGUCUUGCUGGAAGAGCUUCGGGAUGUCCAGAGGAUGGAGCCAGAUCGGAUCGACGCGGCGGCGUUGGCAAUAGAAGAACGGGCACUGUUAGAGACGGGCCGGGCGCAAAGAGAGAGCGACCGGGCAACUGCCGAGGCCGAGGGGGCAACAUCAGAGUUUUGGCAGGCAGCAAAUAAGGUAGAGCAGGCGCAAGAUGAGACCAUGCAAAUAGCGGCGGAACAGUUGGUAAUAAGGGCAGCGCCAUCUUUUGCGCUGAUCAUAGCUGAAGUGCGGGCAGCUUCAACGCAAGUGGCUGCGCAUGACGCCGCCGCGCGUGCAGCGGCAGGACAGACACUGCAGGCAGCGCGAGCAGCGGAGGCACUCAUGGAGCAGCUUCGCCGCAUACUGGCUCGCCAAACUGGAGGACCUCCCAGACAGGAAGUAGGUCAGCAAACGAAUAGACAGCGUAGAGAUCCUCCAGGUGCAGCAGGCGCGGCCUAA